AUGCCUAUAUCCCUCUUCUUCAAAAAAGAGAUGUCCAGAUCUUCAAGCAUUGUUGCUUUCUCUCUCUCCUCUUCACCAGUUGUCACCUCUCUUCUGCCAGCUCAAGCUAAUUCUACUGCUCUGCCUUUCCCCCCCACAAUUGUUGCACCAGCCCCAGCUGGAAAUAUGAUAAUUCUUCCAGGCCUCUCAUCUUAUACUGGAGCACAAGCUUUGUCUGCCCAUAAAAGAGCAUGA